AGCACGUCAUUGUCUGAAUAUGCUUUUGUACACGCGUACAAACAAGACAGCCAGAAAUCAGCAACUUUUCUUCUCUCUCUGAAGAUGGAGACUCUAGAAGGAGCUGAACUCUGCUUUCCACAACUUCUUAACCUUUCCUGCAGGAAACCCAUGCCGCCUCAGUCUGAUGCCAUGUUGAUUUACAUUCUGCUGACCUCUAUCUCUCUGCUUACUGCAGCUCUCAACCUGCUGGUCAUCAUCUCUAUCUCCCACUUCAGGCAGCUCCACAGCCCCACCAACCUCCUCAUCCUCUCCCUGGCUGUCUCAGACUUCUUUGUGGGCCUGCUGCUGAUGCCGGUGGAAAUCCUUUUCACAGAGACUUGCUGGUUCCUGGGUGACCUCAUGUGUGCUCUGUAUUAUUAUGUGGAUUUUAUUAUUACCUCUUCUUCGGUUGGAAAUAUGGUGCUCAUAUCAAUUGAUCGUUAUUUGGCUAUUUGUGAUCCUCUACGUUACACCAGCAGAGUUACACUGGACAGAACAAAAAUUUGUGUUUGUCUGUGCUGGAUCUGUUCUAUUUUCUAUAAUAGUCUAAUUUUAAAGGACUUCCUGAGGCAACCUGAUUCUCAGAAUUCCUGCUACGGAGAGUGUGUUGUGGUCCUUAACUAUAUCACAGGAGUUGUUGACUUUAUCUUUACCUUUAUUGGCCCUAUUACUGUCAUCAUAGUUCUGUAUAUGAGAGUAUUUGUGGUGGCUGUGUCUCAGGCUCAAGCUAUGCGAUCACACAUCACAGCUGUCACACUCCAGGGUUCAGUGCGUGUAACUGCUAAGAAAUCUGAGGUGAAAGCAGCCAGAGCGCUUGGUGUUGUAGUGGCUGUGUUUCUAACAUGUUUCUGUCCAUAUUACUCUCCAUCCUUUGUAGGCCAGGAUAUUGAAGACAGUAGUUCAUCCUCACCUUUUGUAGUCUGGCUGCUGUAUUUUAAUUCCUGUCUAAACCCGAUGAUCUAUGCCUUUUUUUACCCCUGGUUUAGAAAAUCUAUUAAACUCAUUGUUACACUUAAGAUACUGCAAACUGACUCCUGUGAUGCUAACAUGAUGUAGGGAGAGACUGGUGAGUAACAUCAAUAAAACUUUAUGUGGAUAUGGAAAUGUAUUUGCUGUUGUCAGUGAGUCAGACAAUUAAUUGUGUUCAUUGUCAUUUACUACAUCUCAAACUAUCAUGCUUCUGUAAUUCUUAUAGUGACAGUGAUAUUCAUAUCAAUAUGUAAUAAAUAAAUAAAUAAUUAAAUACACCAUUAAAUAA